CGGCGCGCGAGGGGCGGCGACGGCCGCGGGCGCUCAAGCAUGGCGGCAGCGGCGCUGGGCAGUGCGUCGGGCUCCGCGUCCCCGGCCGUGGCCGAGCUGUGCCAGAACACCCCGGAGACCUUUCUGGAGGCCUCCAAGCUGUUGCUCACCUAUGCGGACAACAUCCUCAGAAACCCUAAUGAUGAAAAAUAUAGAUCUAUCCGGAUUGGAAACACAGCUUUUUCUACUAGACUCUUACCUGUCAGAGGAGCUGUUGAAUGUUUAUUUGAAAUGGGCUUUGAAGAGGGAGAAACACAUCUUAUCUUUCCUAAAAAAGCUUCAGUGGAGCAGCUGCAAAAAAUUCGAGACCUGAUUGCCAUAGAGAGAAGUAGCAGAUUGGAUGGAUCAAAUAAGAGUUACAAAGUAGAAUUAUCUCAGCAACCUGCAUCCAGUACCCAGCUUCCUAUAACACAGUCUUCAAAUCCUAGUGGGUUAAUCCAGCAUGCAGGGAACAGUGAAGGACAGUCAUCAAAUCGACCAUCUGCUCCAAUGGUUACUACUGACUCAGUCAUUCUAAAAGUUCUCCGGUCCAACAUUCAGCAUGUGCUGGUCUAUGAGAACCUUGCUCUCCAGGAGAAAGCACUGGCUUGUAUUCCAGUCCAAGAACUAAAAAGGAGAUCUCAAGAAAAGUUAUCUAGAGCUAGAAAAUUGGAUAAAGGUACUAAUGUAAGUGAUGAGGAUUUUCUUCUGCUGGAGCUUUUACACUGGUUUAAGGAAGAAUUUUUUCAAUGGGUAAAUGACAUUUUGUGCAGCAAAUGUGGUGGCCAGACUAAGUCUAGAGGUGAAUCACUGUUCCCCAAUGAUGAUGAGAUGAAGUGGGAUGCAAACAGAGUAGAAGAUCAUUACUGUGAUGCAUGCCAGUUCAGCAAUCGAUUCCCAAGAUAUAAUAACCCUGAGAAACUUUUGGAAACAAGAUGUGGACGGUGUGGCGAGUGGGCCAAUUGUUUUACACUGUGCUGCCGAGCCUUAGGGUUUGAAGCUCGCUAUGUUUGGGAUUACACAGACCAUGUCUGGACAGAAGUGUAUUCUCCUUCUCAGCAGCGGUGGCUGCACUGUGACGCAUGUGAAGACGUGUGUGAUAAGCCACUCCUUUAUGAAAUAGGGUGGGGCAAGAAGCUCUCCUACGUCAUUGCAUUUUCUAAGGAUGAGGUGGUUGAUGUCACUUGGCGAUAUUCUUGUAAACAUGAUGAGGUAAUCUCCAGAAGAACUGAGGUUAAAGAAGAAUUACUUCGAGAAACUAUUAAUGGACUUAAUAAACAGAGGCAAAUAUCUUUGUCAGAAAACAGAAGAAAAGAACUUCUCCAGAGGAUAAUUGUGGAGCUUGUUGAAUUUAUAUCUCCCAAAACCCCUAAACCUGGAGAACUUGGUGGAAGAAUAUCUGGGUCAGUGGCUUGGAGAGUAGCCCGAGGUGAAAUGGGUCUAGAGAGAAAAGAAACCCUGUUCAUCCCCUCUGAAAAUGAGAAGAUUUUGAAACAACUCCACCUUUGUUACAAUGUUGUGAAAGAUAGUUACGUCCGAGUUUCAAAUAAUAAUCAGACCAUUUCUGGAUGGGAGAACGGUGUGUGGAAAAUGGAAUCCAUAUUCAGAAAAGUUGAAACAGACUGGAACAUGGUAUAUUUAGCCCGAAGGGAAGGAUCAUCUUAUGCUUAUAUUUCCUGGAAGUUUGAGUGUGGGUCAGUUGACCUAAAAGUAGAUAGCAUUUCCAUUAGAACAAGUAGUCAAACCUUUCAGACUGGAACAAUACAGUGGAAAUUGCGAUCUGAAACAGCCCAAGUAGAACUGUCAGGCGAUAAAACUCUUCACUCCUAUCAUGAUUUUUCUGGUGCCACUGAAGUUAUUUUGGAAGCAAAAUUAAGCAGAGGAGAUGGUGGUGUUGCUUGGCAACAUACCCAGCUGUUUAGACAAAGCUUAAAUGACCAUGAAGAAAAUUGUUUGGAGAUAAUUAUAAAAUUCAGUGACCUUUGAGAACCUGAACAUUAUAGAAAAGCUGGCAAUAAUCAAGGACUUACCAUGUUCUAAAGUAGUCUCUUGGUUCAGUGCAUGCUUAGUUGGCAAUUUACUACCCUCUGCUAGCAUAUUUCUUUUGCUGGCUAUCCAUCAUGUACCCCUCAUGAAAAUAUAUCUUUAUACUAUGGACCAUAAUGAAACCUUGAAUUAAAAGCUCCCUUCCAUAUGUGACUGUAAUUUGAAGUAAAGUCUUAUUGCCUCAAUUUGAGAUUUUAAUCUAAAAACUAAAAAGUAUAGUUUUAAAAGUAAAAUGAAGGUAUUCAUGAUGAAAUGCUAUUCAUGAUUAUGAUAUAAUCUUAAGCUAAUAAUAGUUAUAUGACAUUUUUUGAUCAGCCAUUAAUUUCUUCAUAAAUAAUUAGAUUUCCUAAGAUUUUUAAUUUUUAAUAAAUGUGAAAGUAUAGUAUCUCGUAAGUUACAAUGCAUGAACAUUUUUAUGAUUGUAAAUACAUAGGCAUUUAAGAAAUAAAAUGAAUUAUUUUGCCUUA